CCCUUUUCUACUUGAUUCGUCUCUCACCUCACACUAGCAGACAUAGCAAGACAUAGUAUCUUCUGCUUCCCCUUACAUCUACCUGUGACAAACCCUUUUUGGAAGAGAUCUCACAAACUACCCGGCGGCAAGACAUCCAAUAUGGCCGCCCCUAUGCAGGUGGACGAGGUAGUCCCUGGUAACACCAGUGAGCAGGGUCUUUACUCUCGUCAGCUAUAUGUCUUGGGUCAUGAAGCCAUGCAAAAGAUGGCACAUUCCAACGUCCUCAUUGUAGGUAUGAAAGGACUAGGCGUGGAAAUUGCGAAGAACGUUGCUUUAGCUGGAGUCAAGAGCGUCACCAUAUACGACCCUAACCCUGUUGAAAUCGCCGAUCUUGGUACACAGUUUUUUCUCCGAGAAGAAGAUGUUGGAAAGUCCCGAGCGGAAGUCACAGCACCAAGAUUGGCGGAAUUGAACAGCUAUGUGCCCAUCAAGGUUCUGCCAGGAAGCGGGGAGAUCAACCCCGAGAUGGUAGCCCCUUUCCAGGUUGUCGUCUUGACAAAUACACUCAUCCCGAAGCAAGUUGAGAUUGACGAAUUUUGCAGAAGCCACGGAAUAUAUUUCAUCGCUGCUGAUGUACGAGGUCUCUUCGGAUCGGUAUUCAACGACUUUGGCAAUGACUUCACUUGUGCAGAUCCCACAGGCGAGAAUCCCCAGACAGGCAUGGUGGCCGAGAUUGAGGAGAGUGAAGAAGCGGUAGUGACCUGUUUGGAAGAAACCCGACAUGGAUUGGAGGAUGGAGACUUUGUGACCUUUUCAGAGGUCAAAGGAAUGGAGGCUCUCAAUGGUUGUGAACCACGGAAAGUCACUGUGAAGGGUCCAUAUACCUUCACCAUUGGCAAUACCGUCGGGUCGGGGUCGUACAAAUCUGGUGGUAUCUUCACACAAGUCAAGAUGCCCAAAAUCCUUCAUUUCAAAUCACUCAAAGAAUCCCUUGCCAAACCGGAACUCUUCAUCACUGACUUUGCCAAAUGGGAUCGUCCUACCACCCUUCAUGCCGGUUUCCAAGCCCUCUCCGUCUUUUAUGAAAGAGCCGGCCAUCUACCUAGACCACGCAAUGCAGGUGAAGCAGUCACGAUCGUGUCCCUCGCGAAGGAAAUUCAUUCCGCUGCCAACGGUGAGGGUGAAGUCGACGAAAAAAUCUUAGAAGCCCUCUCGUUCCAAGCCACGGGCGAGCUGUCUCCCAUGGUAGCUGUUAUCGGCGGUUUCGUGGCUCAAGAAGUUCUCAAAGCUUGCUCAGCAAAAUUCCAUCCUAUGCAACAAACCAUGUACUUUGACUCACUCGAAUCCAUGCCCGCCACCCAACCCACUGAGGCGGACUGCCAACCUCUUGGAUCGAGAUAUGACGGUCAAAUAGCUGUUUUCGGGAAAACCUUCCAGAAUGUCAUCGCAAACCAAAGACAGUUUUUAGUCGGUGCUGGAGCUAUCGGUUGUGAGAUGCUCAAGAACUGGAGCAUGAUGGGUUUGGCGACUGGUGAAAAGGGUGUGAUACAUGUCACUGAUCUGGAUACGAUUGAGAAGAGCAAUUUGAAUCGACAGUUUUUAUUCCGUGCUAAGGAUCUGGGCAAGUUUAAAGCGGACAGUGCGGCAUCUGCGGUGGUUGUUAUGAACCCUGAGUUGAAUGGACAUAUCAAGAGUUAUCAGGAUCGUGUGGGACCAGAGACUGAGAAUGUCUAUGGUGACGACUUUUUUGCCUCAAUCGACGGUGUUACCAACGCUCUCGAUAACGUCAUGGCACGACAAUACGUGGACAGACGCUGUGUCUUCUACCAAAAGCCCCUUCUUGAAUCCGGCACCCUAGGAACGAAAGCAAACACCCAAGUUGUCGUUCCCUUCCUCACUGAGUCCUACUCAUCUUCUCAGGAUCCUCCCGAAAAGUCUAUCCCCACCUGCACAGUCAAAAACUUCCCGAACGCCAUCGAACAUACUAUUCAGUGGGCACGGGAAGCUUUCGAUGCCCUGUUUGUCAAUCCUCCUACCACGGUCAAUCUUUAUCUCAGCCAGCCAAAUUAUGUUGAAACGACUCUGAAGAGCUCGGGUCAGCAUUACGACCAAUUGAAGAUGAUUGAACGGUUUUUAUUGAAGGAAAGACCGAGAAGCUUUGAGGAAUGUAUCGUGUGGGCGAGGUUGCAGUAUGAGACCGAUUAUGCGAAUGAGAUCAAGCAGUUGCUUUACAACCUGCCCAAGGAUCAGGUCAAUUCCAACGGCUUACCCUUCUGGUCCGGUCCUAAACGUGCUCCUGAUCCUCUCGAGUUUAACAUUGACAGCCCCCUGGAUAUGGGAUACAUUGUUUCUGCGGCCAACCUCCAUGCAUUCAAUUAUGGUCUGAAGGGGGAGAAAGACCCAGCUUUGUUCAGAAAGGUAUUGGAGAGUAUGAAACUUCCAGAAUUUGUACCGAAGAGUGGGGUCAAGAUACAAAUCAACGAGAAUGAUCCAGUGGCCAACAACGAUGCGGACGAAGACGUAGAUACCAUCGUUGCAUCUCUUCCAUCUCCAUCUUCCCUUGCAGGCUUCCGUUUAGCUCCCGUAGACUUUGAGAAAGACGACGACUCAAACUACCAUAUCGAUUUCAUCACCGCCGCGUCGAAUCUUCGUGCCACCAACUACGGUAUCACUCCUGCAGACAGACACAAGACCAAGUUGAUAGCGGGGAAGAUUAUUCCUGCUAUUGCCACGACGACCAGUUUGGCGGUGGGUCUGGUAUGUCUGGAACUGUACAAGCUGCUGGACAAGAAAAAUAAGCUUGAAGACUACAAAAACGGCUUUGUCAACCUCGCACUUCCCUUCUUUGGUUUCUCCGAACCCAUAGCAGCUGCCAAGCAGAAGUAUGGAGAGACGGACUGGACUCUUUGGGACCGAUUUGAUAUCACUGGUAAUCCGACAUUACAAGAGUUCCUCGAUUGGUUCAAGGAGAAUCAUCAUCUGGAGGUACAGAUGGUGUCGCAAGGAGUGUCGAUGCUGUGGUCAUCUUUCGUCCCUCCUAAAAAAGCGGCGGAACGUAUGAACAUGCGCAUGUCAGAAUUGGUCGAACACGUGAGCAAGAAACCCAUUCCUCCAUGGACCAAAAACUUGUUGGUGGAAGUCAUGGUGAAUGAUGAGAAUGAUGAAGAUGUUGAAGUGCCUUAUUGCUUGGUACAUAUCUAGGAGAAUUGUGAGAAAACAGAAGUAAGCAUGUGAAUAGAAGUCAAAUAUGAAUGCCUUGUCUUUUUCA